GCGAUAUAGCGAGAUCCGACACGGGGAAUGCGAGUGGCUUCCAGCUUGCCUCAGCCUUGUGCCAGUGCCUACAAUAUAAGUGUCGCUUCAGUCUCCAACCAUUGCCUUAGUCUCAUUCUCAGCCUUCCACAAUGUCUGAAUGCAGAUAUGACUGCAGCGAAAACCGUACAUCCCAGGACAUUCCUGAGUAUGCAGACAUCUCCGGCAUAGGGGUCAUCGUUGGGUACACAGUAACUGCUGGAUUUGCUGUCUUCAUCAUAACCGGUUACUAUUUUCUCGCUCACCAACCUGAGCUGGACCCUUUCCGUAGCGGCAAAGAUGAUGCGCAAAUCCACGCUCCCUACAAGCCACAUCCGGUCGAUGAGUUGAUUAUCGGUUACGUCCGGAAGUUGAAGAAGACGUCAACAAAAACGCCAAAGCCCUCAAAAAGACGUGCCGAUCUUGAAAAAGCCCUUCUGAAGUGCGUCCUUACGAUGAGCGAUCUGCAGAUACUUACGGGACUUUCCAUCCUGAUUAGCGGGUACUCCCAACUUCGUUGUGGCCUUUCCGUCUAUCACUGGCAGAUUCUGGUCUACCUGGCGUGGUUCUGCAGCCUCACGCAUCUCUCAUGUCUAACCUUCCUGCGUAACCACCUAUACAAUCACCCCGGUGAGCGCUUGUGGAGACUCAUUGGAAUGGGAGCCCUUGUGGGGAUGUUAAUCGGUGCAUUGCUUCCUACUGGCAACUAUGGAACCAGCAUGAAUCCGGCCGAUUACGCUAUCUGCUCGUUUAAACACUUGCGACGGAUCGACCGGGAUACUACUGGACCUAACGAAUUUUACGAUACUUCCCAGCUCAACUAUGCGUCGAUGAUCAUUUCUAUCCUCCUAAUAGGCCUGGGCUUUGCUUCGAGAAUAGUAAGACUCCAUCGGGCUCUUUCCGUUACUGUAGUUACCGCAACUCGAAAGUACUUGAGCGAACGCGCUCGAAGGCUCCUACGGAAGAUGUACGAAAGAUGUGAAAAUACCUCCAAUGAGCCGCCGCGGCGAGGCCGGUCGUUUCGAAUAGGGCCAUUUCGAGGUAGCCAAGGCCGGAGAUUGUUCUAUCGUGUGUACCUUUAUCGCCCAACACUGGCCGUUUUCCUCGCAAUUCGGGCUGCGUUAGACCUCUGGUCAUCUUUGGUUCUUGAGGUAUGGUGGUUGAUUGCAAGUUUUGCGUGGGGUGUUUACAGUCUCGUGCUUAGCUUAGAGAGCUAUCCCAAGAGGCCGGCCAACAACAAAGAAUGGACGUUUGGUCAGGUCGCUCCCGUUGUCUUGCUAUUAGCGCCUGUGCUCAGCGUAGUGGAGUUUCUCUUAGCCUUCUAGCGGUCAUAAUAAUCCCGCCCAAGCACAAGAAAUCUCGGAAGGAUCCGACAUGACCCCGUCCCCAGAGGCAAUGGAAAU